AUGUCAGCAAAGACGAUCAUCGUCACAGGCGCCUCUCGCGGCAUCGGUCUUGCCAUUGCCAAGUUUCUCCUCUCUGCUCCACAAGGACACAAUGUGGUCGUCGUGGCUCGCAGUCUGGAGCCGCUCCAGAAACUGAAAGACCAGUACAGCAAGCAGGUCGAAGUGGUCAAUGGCGAUCUGGCAGAUUUUUCACUCGCCCAAAAGGCUGUCGAUGCUGCAAUCAAUUCCUUCGGCCAGCUUGAUGGAAUGGUGCUCAAUCAUGGCAUUCUCGGCCAGGUGGGCAAGAUUGCCAAUGCCAACGUGGACCAGUGGAAGAAAGACUUUGAUGUCAACUUCUUCAGCCUGGUGGCUUUCACCAAGGCAGCUCUCCCAGCACUUCGCAAGUCCAAGGGAAAGAUCAUUUUCACCUCCUCAGGUGCUGCGGUGUCCGGAUAUCGCGGAUGGGGUCUUUAUGGAGCAUCCAAGGCCGCCAUGAACCACUUCGCUCUGAGCUUGGGAAGCGAGGAACCCGAUGUGGUUUCGGUGGCCGUCCGGCCGGGCAUGGUCGACACCGAGAUGCAGCGCGAGCUUCGUGAAGAUCACGUGUCGAACUUGGAUGCCGAGAUGCAUUCAAAGUUCUUCGGCGCGCACAAGGAGGGCAAGCUGGUGAAGCCCGAGCAACCUGGGCACGUUAUGGCCAAACUUGUGCUCGAUGCGCCUCAAGAUCUUAGUGGCCGUUUCCUCUCAUGGAACGACAAGGAACUCGACGCCUUCCAGGAAUAG